CCAAACUCAAAGCGCAAGAUGGCGUCGGAGAGCCUCUUCAGCCGCUCGGUGCCGGUGCGGGUGAAGGGCCAGGGUUGCGAGGAGAGGCAAAUAAACGUUCGUGUGAGUAUUGAGCUCCAGUCAACUUCGAAUCCCAUACAUAGAAAGGAUUUGGUUGUUCGACUAACUGAGGAUAGUGAUCCCUUUUUCCUAUAUAAUCUUGUCAUUUCUGAGGAAGAUUUUCAAAGCUUAAAACUCCAGCAGAGUCUUCUGGUAGAUUUUUCUGCUUUUCCUCAGAGGUUUAUAGACCUUCUUCAGCAGUGUAUACAAGAACAAAAUAAAGAUAUUCCAAGGUUUCUGCUACAACUGGUUUCAUCAGGAUCUAGUCCCGAUCACACUCCUUCUUUUUUAAAUGUGAUUGAGACAAACCCAUUUAAACAUCUUACUCAUUUAUCACUAAAAUUCUUACCGGGAAAUGAUACAGAUAUCAAGAAGUUUUUGGCAACCUGUUUGAAAUGCAUCAAGGAAGAAAAGCUACUGCUGGAACAAAAACUUAGGAAGACAGAAGAGGAUCUUACUCGGCAGCUCAGCUAUACCCAGCAGAACUUGUCAGAAAAGAGCAGGGAAUUGGACAAGUUAAGAAAUGAAUGGACCUCAACUACAGCAUCAUUAACCAACAGACAUACUCAGGAAUUGACUAAUGAGAAGGAGAAGUCUCUACAGAUGCAAGCACAGCAUCAACAGCAGUACGAGCAACAGAAGAAAGAACUUGAAAGCUUGCAUCAGAAGACGGUCCAGCAACUGCAAAAUAGAUUGAAGGAAUUGGAGAUUGCCAAUAAGGAUUUAACAGAAAGGAGAUAUAAAGGCGAUUCUGCUGUCAGAGAACUUAAAGCAAAACUGUCCAGCAUAGAAGAUGAGUGCCAAAGAACAAAGCAGGAGGUUCUCUCACUGCGUCGAGAGAAUGCUACUCUAGAUGCAGAAUGCCAUGAAAAGGAGAAACAAGUUAAUCAACUGCAGACACGAGUUGCUGUUUUGGAACAGGAGAUCAAAGACAAGGACCAGCUAGUUAUUAGGACAAAAGAAGUAUUGGAUGCAACUCAAGAGCAAAAGGCAAGCCUAGAAGAAAAUACAGAAAAGAAACAAAUUCAAAUAGGAAAGUUAGAAGCAACAUUGAAGUCGUUAUCAGCUGAACUCCUUAAGGCUAAUGAAAUCAUAAAGAAAUUGCAAGGAGAUGUAAAAACUUUAAUGAGUAAAUUGAAACUGAAAAAUACAGUAACAAUUCAGCAAGAAAAACUCUUGGCUGAAAGAGAAGGAAAACUGCAGAAGGAGCAAAGAGAAUUGCAGGAGGCAGAAAGUUCUCUUCGAGAAAAAGAGCAAGAGGUGUGCAAGCUGCAGGAACAAUUGGAAACCACAGUACAGAAGCUAGAAGAAAGCAAGCAUCUUCUUAAAACAAAUGAAAAUGUUAUCACGUGGCUAAACAAGCAGCUAAAUGAAAUUCAGACGAUAAAGAAGCAAGAAGUGUUGGGAACAUCUACUCCUCCUAGUAAUGCUACUACAAGAACUGGGAUUUCACCUCACAAUAUGAUUGACAGCAGAAUCCCUUUUCUGAACUCAGGACUCGGCUAUCCUGUUUCCCCAUUGCUAGCUUUUCAAAGCUUCCCAGAUACAGCACCUGUCAAAAGUGCCAGUCAGCAAGCCUCCGGAGCAAAGGUUCAUUUCAAUAUGCCGCUUUCAGAAACCAACCAAUGUUCAGAAGCGCAGCCUGGACUUUCUGUUGUGAUGACUCAUAUAACAAAUAAAGAAAAUGGUGAAAAUUUAGGAUUAGAAGCCAAGUAUCUGAAGAAACGGGAAGACAGCAUCCCCUUGCGUGGCCUGAGCCAAAAUGCAUUUCACAAUGCAGGGCAUGUGAAGUCAUCUGCACUGAAAAAGACACACAUACCAUCCAAAUCCACACUACCUUCUACACCCUCUGCAUAUUUUCCUGGAUAGCAGACAAUGUACUCAUUAUGGGUGAUACAUUUAUCAGAAGUUGUACAUUUUUAUGAUUGUCAUUUGUAUACUAUUUUAAAGGGAACAG